GCCUUUGCCAGCGGCGGCAGGCAAGGGCGGGAGUCGCUGUCUGCGGAGGAUUUGGGAGCCCUGGAGCCUCGCGGUCGAUCUGGCAGCAUGUAAACAACUUUUUGCCAAGGUCACCGCUGAAAAGGGGGCCUUAAGGGAGAAGAAUAUCGAGAGUACAUCAAUGCCAGGCGCGUCUGGAAUUACACUCACCGCAGGCAGCAUGACACAUUCAGUGCCAGCAUCUGUGUCCUACUGGAGAAGGUUGGGACUCUCCACGUAGGAGGGUCCUCGGGGCAGCAAGCACCAAGAGCCUCUCCAGAGGGAGAAUGGGGCCAGAUACGAACUCUCUACAAUGAACUUGAUUUUCAGCUUAUGAAGGAAUUUUAAGUAAAACGAUUAUUUAAUUUCCACAUAUUCACGUUCAAAAAGCCUUCUGGGUGAAGUACUAACAGUCACCCUCCUCUACGGGAGUUUUCAGGAUUUUUCUGGCACCAAGGUGAACUCUUCUUGGUACUUCUGGCAAUACAGAUCUGCAGGACAGAUUUAUCUACUGAAUGCUCUGGGGCAGGAAAAGAAAGAAAACCUCUGGAAGCAGUAUAAGUAUAGCAGAGCAGAGACCCCUCCCUCGGUGCUCACUUGCACAGAAACUCAGUCUGGACUUGGAUGUUUUAACUAAAACUUAUCCUCCCGCAUUCACUGUGAAGUCUCUCUAUUCUGGGGAAACCUGGCAUUCUUGGGCUGCUUCCUGUGGCCCUUUUGUACUGUCAUUCUGCCCCCAACCCUUCUAUACAAGCAGUUGAAUGAUGUGAACUUUGGAAUGGAGUAUUUUACUCUCGGAGGACUGACUUCCUUUCAUAGGCUGCUGGUGUUAGAAAGGACCAUCUGAAGGCUGUGAUUUGUGCUUGGGGAGGAGGGCACUGGCCUGGCCUGGAUCCUCCACCAUGUUUCUGUUGCUGCCUUUUGAUAGCCUGAUAGUCAACCUUCUGGGCAUCUCCCUGACAGUCCUCUUCACCCUCCUGCUUGUUUUCAUCAUAGUCCCCGCCAUUUUUGGAGUCUCUUUUGGUAUCCGAAAGCUCUACAUGAAAACUUUGUUAAAAAUCUUUGCGUGGGCUACCUUGAGAAUGGAGAGAGGAGCCAAGGAGAAGAACCACCAACUUUAUAAGCCCUAUACCAACGGAAUCAUUGCUAAAGAUCCUACUUCACUAGAAGAAGAGAUCAAAGAGAUUCGCCGAAGUGGUAGUAGUAAGGCUCUGGAUAAUACUCCAGAGUUUGAGCUCUCUGACAUUUUCUACUUUUGCCGGAAAGGAAUGGAGACCAUUAUGGAUGAUGAGGUGACAAAGAGAUUCUCGGCGGAGGAAUUGGAAUCCUGGAACCUGCUGAGCAGAACCAAUUAUAAUUUCCAGUACAUCAGUCUUCGGCUUACUGUCUUGUGGGGGUUAGGAGUGCUGAUUCGGUAUUGCUUUCUUCUACCACUCAGGAUAGCUCUUGCGUUCACGGGGAUUAGCCUCCUGGUGGUGGGCACAACUGUGGUGGGAUACUUACCGAAUGGGAGGUUUAAGGAGUUCUUGAGUAAACACGUUCACUUGAUGUGUUAUCGGAUCUGUGUGCGAGCCCUAACAGCCAUCAUUACCUAUCAUGACAGAAAAAACAGACCAAGAAAUGGAGGCAUCUGUGUGGCCAAUCAUACAUCUCCUAUUGAUGUGAUCAUUUUGGCCAGUGACGGCUACUAUGCCAUGGUGGGUCAAGUGCACGGGGGACUCAUGGGUGUGAUUCAGAGAGCCAUGGUGAAGUCCUGCCCCCACGUCUGGUUUGAGCGUUCUGAAGUGAAAGAUCGCCACCUGGUGGCUAAGAGACUGACUGAGCAUGUACAAGAUAAAAGCAAGCUACCUAUCCUCAUCUUCCCAGAAGGAACCUGCAUCAAUAAUACAUCAGUGAUGAUGUUCAAAAAGGGAAGCUUUGAAAUUGGAGCCACAGUUUACCCUGUUGCUAUCAAGUAUGACCCUCAGUUUGGUGAUGCCUUCUGGAAUAGCAGCAAAUAUGGAAUGGUGACAUAUCUACUGAGAAUGAUGACCAGCUGGGCUAUUGUCUGCAGUGUUUGGUACCUGCCUCCCAUGACCAGAGAGAAAGAUGAAGAUGCCGUCCAGUUUGCCAAUAGGGUGAAAUCUGCCAUUGCCAGGCAGGGAGGAUUGGUGGACCUGCUGUGGGAUGGUGGACUGAAGAGGGAGAAGGUGAAGGACACGUUCAAAGAGGAGCAGCAGAAGCUGUAUAGCAAGAUGAUUGUUGGGAACCACGAGGACAGGAGCCGUUCCUGAGUCUGUGGCUCACAUUGGCUGAAGCCACCAUGCCUGAAUCCUGACGUGUGAGCCAGCUGGAUUUGUUGCUGCCACCGCUGCACCACCGCCACCGCCCCCACUGCUGCAUCCUUCCAGACCCUGGGGCCCUCUGGGGCUGUUCCAGAUCUCAGGACUCUAGCCGCUUCAGAGCCUUUUGGGGAUCCCUGGGCUCUGGGGCAGCACAGCCUGCCCUUUGCUGUCUGAAGUGAAUGCUGCUGGGUGUUGCUACCCAGGACAAGAUGCCUUCUUGUUCUUUUACAAUAAGUCCAUUGGAGGAAUGCCAUUAAAAUCAGCUCUCCACUCUGUGUGUUGUGCAGGGCUGAGCAGUCGGGGAGAUCGGCCACAUUCCCUGUUAAGACGUUGGGUGUUAGUCUGUAAUUGUUGCCCACAUGUCAGGGACUGUGCUGGGGAAGGUCCACUGGCUCCUGAGGAGAGGCACUGCCAGUGCCUAAAUAUCACCCCCCAGUCUUGGAACUCUGUACACUUGAAAAGAAAAUUGUUGUCUGCAUUCACCAAAACGAAGUUUUAAAUUCUUGUGCUACUGCUUAUGGGAAAUCACCAGAGGGGAUGGAAAGAGACCAGGAAUGGACCACUGACUAGUCUGGUGAGAGCCAGGAGUUAUUUUCUGUUUAAACUCCAGGCUGAGCCUGAAUUUCCUAUAUGACUUGCUCUAUGUUUAAUGUGUGCCUCAUUUCCUCAUCCAUCAUGUGGAUCAGGAGGGGAAGGGUGAUGAUACCUACCUCACAGGGUUGUUGUGGGGAUUCAAGUGUUGAGUGAGGGACAUGUAAUGUGCAGUGUCACAAGUACAGGUUCACGGGAUGUGGCAGGACAAGGUCUGAGCUCAGAGCUGCUGCACAAGGUGUUGGACUUGUUUUUGUGAGUAAUAAAACUGAAUGGUGAAUGAAUUGAGGGACUUUUCCCUUCACUCACCCUCCCCUGCAUGUAGCCCUGAGUAACGUGUUUUUUUGUCAAAGUUACAAUUCUCGUACUUGACUUGUGACCCUGGGACCUCAAGGACCCACUUGGCCUCUGGAUAGGUAUUAUUUUGUUCAGGAGAUAAACAUUUCACAUUGCACAUCUCUGUUAAUUUAGAAUUUCCAGCAUAGACACAGAUUUCUCCGCAGUUGGGAACCACAGGAUUUGAGGGCACCCAUUUGUUGAGCUUGUGGAGAUUGGACAAUGUUGGGGACUGUUUGGAUGUGAGGACCCUGGGAGGCAUGAAAUAUAUACAGCGGGGAAAGGAGGAUCAGAGGUCCUGGAAAGGGUUGGCAGGUGAGGCAGGAUAGGCAAGGAUAUUGGUGCAUCACAUGCUUCUGUACAGCUGAUGGGUAAACUGCAGGUCUCCCGGGCCUACCAGGUCACUUUGCAGUUACUGUAAAGGCACAUCCAAAGCCAAACCAUUCUCGUUGGUUCUUCUGCAGUCCACCAGUUUUAUAUUCCUCUGAAGAGAGCGUUGCCUCAGCCCAUUUAUCCAUCUUCCCAUCCCUCCACCAUCCUCUCCUCCAUUGUGGCACAAUCUUGGCACCUUUCAGGAUUCUGCCCCAGCUGUGGUGUCAUAUUUCCAAGGUUGCCCACUGGUCUGGGAUUUGGGGAUGUGCUGGGAGUAAGAUCAGGCUCCUGAAGUAUGAACUCAUAUCACUCAUGCUUGAGGACCCAGUCCCCUUUGACCCUGUGAUGUCACUCAUCCUUGUCACCUUCCUGUCAUCUCCCACAUGGCCUCCUAUUUCCUCCUACCUGCCUUUUUGCCUAGUCAGUGGAAAACUUUUCUCUCUCAAAUAAAAACCCUGUUAUGACUCUAAGAAGAGCCUCUUAUGAACUGUUUUAUGUAAUGUUCAAGAAUAAAAAGUGACUUUCAGCCUUUA